AUGGCCAGUAAUCAGGCCACUACUGGUGCCUUUGAUGGCACCGGUGACUACAACGAGCACAAUUCGAACAUGCAUCCGCCUCACCACGGUAUGUCCGCUGGCAAAUACUUAGCAACUCGUGUGAGCACAUUGAAGCCCGUGAUGGCAAAAGCACCCAACCCGAUCAAAUUGCUCCGAAUGCUAGACCGCCAUCACUGGGGAUUCUUCCUCGUGGCUUUCUUUGCCUGGACUUGGGACGCGUUCGACUUUUUUACCGUUUCCUUGACAGUCAGUAGUCUCGCGGCGACUUUCAAAGCAAGCAAACCGGACAUCACCAAUACCGACAUCACAUGGGGAAUCACGCUUGUGCUGAUGUUCCGAUCUGUUGGCUCCAUUAUUUUCGGUGUCGCAGCGGAUCGUUAUGGGCGCAAGUGGCCAUUUAUUAUCAACAAUAUUUUGUUCAUUGUGUUGGAACUUGGCACUGGUUUCUGUAAUACUUACGAGCAGUUCCUAGCGUGUCGCGCACUGUUUGGCAUUGCUAUGGGUGGCUUAUAUGGCAAUGCGGCAGCAACUGCUUUAGAAGAUCUCCCCGUUGAGACACGUGGAUUGAUGAGUGGUAUCCUACAGCAAGGCUAUGCUUUUGGCUAUCUGCUCGCCGCCGCUUUCGCACGCGGCCUUGUUAACACUACUCCUCACGCAUGGCGGCCUUUAUUCUGGUUCGGUGCCUGCCCGCCCAUACUCAUCAUCAUUUGGCGAUUGUGUCUUGGCGAGACCAACACCUAUAUGCACCACCAAGAGUUGCGCCAGACUGAAGGAGGGAGUAUCGGGAAAACCUUCCUUGCAGAAGGCAAGAUCGCCAUCAAACGUCAUUGGCUUCUACUUACUUACCUCGUCUUGUUGAUGGCUGGGUUCAACUUUAUGUCUCACGGUUCUCAAGAUCUGUACCCGACAAUGCUUCAAAACCAAUUCAACUUCACCGCAGACGAGGUUACAGUCACUCAAGUCGUUGCCAACCUUGGCGCAAUUCUUGGUGGUACAGUGGUUGGCUUUUCCUCGCAGAUUUUUGGUCGCCGCAUCAGCAUCAUAGUGAUGUGCAUUAUCGGUGGGGCCUUACUCUAUCCAUACACCUUUGUAUCGAAUCACGGCAUCAUUGCUGCCGCCUUCUUCCAGCAGUUUUGCGUUCAGGGCGCAUGGGGUGUCAUUCCUAUCCAUCUGAUGGAGUUGUCACCUGGAGCUUUCAGGACCUUCGUCGUCGGUACUAGUUAUCAGUUGGGUAAUUUGGUCUCCUCAGCCAGUUCAACUAUUGAAUCAACUAUUGGCGAGCGAUUUCCUCUGCCUCCAAAGGGCGAGACUAAGCGCUACAACUACGGCAAGGUUAUCUGUAUCUUCAUGGGCUGUGUCUACGCGUAUGUGAUCCUAUUGACCUUCAUUGGUCCGGAGCAUUUGAGUCGCUCUUUCGAUGCAGCUCUGGAUGCCGAUCUGGAAGAAGCAACUGUGGCGACCACGCAUCGGCACGGCAAGCCGCAUGCCGAGCACGACGAAGAGAAAGGUACAGCCUAG